AUGAAUAGCAACAAGUUUGUUGUACGAAUAGCGGAUGCACUUUUUAAGUCAUCACUAGCCAAAAAUACUCCACCUGUUUACCCACAAAGAAUUAGACAUUUUGAAAUUUUACCCAAUGAAAAAUGGGUUAUAUGGGGUCCUGGAAAGAGCAAGUUUUUGAAUAUCCUUAGUAACAAAUAUAUCUGUGAGCCUCCAUUAUCUUUGAGAUUUGGAUUUUUAAUGGAAAGUUCGAACAUCUUGCCAAGAAUUGAACAAGUUGCUUUCAAGGGAGUUUUACCUACUGCUCAUUUAAGUGCCAGAUACGAAUACUUCAAAGAUGAUUAUGACCAAACAUGCAAACAGUUUAUAUUUGACAAGGCAAGCGGAUCAAAUGCUGUUUCUUAUAAAGUUGAAACAAACAAUCGUAAAAUAAACAUGAAACUGUACGAUGUUCUUAUCGAGAACUUAAAACUGAGCAGUUUGCAAGAUCAGUGGGUUAUGGGACUAAGUAACGGGCAAAUGAGGAGAGCAAGACUUGCUCGUAGCAUGCUCAAGGAACCGGAUUUACUGCUGAUUGACGACCCAUUUUUAGGGCUAGAUCCAAGUGCAACAGCCACUAUCUCACAAUUUUUAGCUAGGUAUGAUAAUAUGGAUGUAAACGGCGAUUGCCCAAUUGUCAUUGGCUCAAGGUAUCAAGACACUAUUCCUGCAUGGUGUACCCAUGUAUGUUGCGUUGAUCAACAAAGCGGUAUAGUGUUUCAAGGAUCGAUUAAAGAGCUCCAAAAUAAAGUUGAUGAAACCAAAUUAAUAGCACAAAGAGAAUUACGACAGUCCAGAAAAACGAGCUUUUCCAAAGGAGACGUUUCCAUCGAUGAUUUAAUUUGUGUACAUCCUAUGUUUGGAAAGGGUGAUCACGAAUUUAUCAAAAUGCCUCACGCUAUAGAAUUAGACGGGCUGAGCGUUUCAUAUAAAGGCGAAGCUAUUUUGGAAAAUUUGCACUGGAAAGUUCAACCUGGUUCAAAGUGGCAUAUACGAGGAGACAACGGUUCGGGUAAAUCGACCCUGCUAUCUCUACUUACUGCAGAACAUCCUCAAUCGUGGAAUUCAAAUGUUAUUGAAAACGGCGUUCCGCGGAGAACAGGUAAGACGAAUUAUUUUGACAUUAAUAGCAAAAUAAGCAUGUCAUCGCCCGAGCUACACGCAAUUUUCUUAAAAAAUGCUGGAAGAAGGUUGAAUACCCGGGAAAGUGUUGCAACUGGUUACCGUGAUGCCUCUUCUAAUAAUUUCUUACCAAUAUGGAAAUCUUUAGACAAGAGCGUCCAAAGCAUUGUCAACAUGUAUUUAGAAUAUUUUGGUUUGGAUCAGAUUCCUGAUAGUUUUUUAUUUGAACAAUUGACUGUAAGUGAUCAGAAACUAGUUCUUUUUGUCAGAAGUUUGAUCAAGAUGCCACAAAUAUUAAUUCUCGAUGAGGCGUUUUCCGGGAUGGAAGUGGAACCUAUGAUGCGUUGUCAUGAAUUUUUGGAAGAAUGGCCUGGAACAGUUCUCGUAGUUGCACACGUUGCCGAGGAAACACCAAAGUGUGCCCAUUACUUAAAACUCAUAUCUCCGGGAGAGUACGAAAUUGGUGACAUCAAUGAUAAUUAG